AUGUGGUGGAGUGACGUGUCCUUACUGUGGAAAGACGCAGCGCCCCCUGCUGGCUGGAAGAUGCUGCCGGUGUUGAACAUGAAACUCGUCUUUAAUGUUUUGUUGAUCGUGGUGCCUUUUAUACUGCUCCUUCAUGUUUCUUACCACAGCACCAUCGCACCUCUGCUUGCCUCAGGACAAGAUGGUUCCAGAGGGAUUUCUGCUCUGAAAAAUCUCUUCCCGAGUUGGAAAAAGGACUACAUUAAACAGGUCUACGUUCGACCUCCGCCCUGGUCCGACAGCCUGCCCACCAUCUACGCCAUCACUCCUACAUACUAUCGAUCUGUGCAGAAGGCGGACCUGACACGCAUGUCCAAUACUCUGCUCCAUGUGGCCAACCUGCACUGGAUCGUGGUCGAAGACUCCGACAGAAAGUCUGUUUUGGUUAGCCGCCUCCUCGAGAAGACGGGGCUGAACUACACCCACCUCAAUGUGCAUGUAGCUGAAAAGCUUAAUUCCAGGGGCAGCGGGCAGAGAAACCUGGCUUUGAAGUGGCUACGGGACAAUUUCAGAUUAAAUGACAGCAAUGCCGGCGUGGUCUACUUUGCAGACGAUGACAACACAUACAGCCUGGAGCUGUUCGACGAGAUGCGCUACACUAAAAAUGUCUCCGUGUGGCCUGUGGCCUUUGCGGGCGGUGUUCGCUAUGAGUCCUGCAAAGUCGACGCCUCAGGCAAAGUGUCCGGCUGGGACGUUCAAUUUGCCCCAAAUCGACCCUUUGCUAUCGACAUGGCAGGGUUUGCAGUGAGCCUGCAGCUGAUUCUCUCCAAACCCGACGUUUACUUCAGGAUACAUGGGAUACCAGGAGGAUAUCAGGAGACCAGGUUUUUAGGGGAUCUGGUCACUCUCAGCGACCUGGAGCCGAAAGCGGCGAACUGCACCGAGGUUUUAGUCUGGCACACUCGCACUCAAAAUCCGACUCUUUUAAAAACUUUUGGAGACCCCAACGUUGAGACAUGA